AUGUUUACCAAACAACGAGCUCUCCUGCUCCUCGGAGCUUCUGGCUUGCUUACCAGCGCUUCAACCGUUCCUCUUCAACGUCGGGAUGAUGGGUGUGGAAAGCCACAUCACUCCGGUUACAACAAUAGCACCGCCAGUCAUACGCUUGACUCAGACCGUACCUACACCAUUUAUGUUCCCGAGAACUACGAUGCCGACCAUAAAUACCCCUUGAUCUUAGACUAUCAUGGCGCCAAGGGUGAUGCCAACGGUCAGCACAAAAAUUCGCAGUAUGAUUUGAGCUCUCGUGGAAAACAGUAUGUGGUAGUUUACCCCAAUGGUAAAGUCGACAAAGAUGGGGAGGAUCAAGCUUGGGGUGGAGCCCCUUACACAAACACCACGCCAGCAGAAGAUCUCCAAUUCACCCAAGAUCUGGUGACGCAUAUCAAGGAACAAUAUUGCAUUGAUACGAACAGAAUCUACGCAUCCGGAAAGAGCAAUGGCGGCGGCUUCGUAGACACCCUCGCCUGCUCCAACACAGGCGACCAAUUCGCCGCAUUCGCCAUGGCAGCCCCAGCACUCUACACCGACGACAACAGCACCGCCUACCUCAAACUCUGUCCCAAAAAACGCGCCAUCCUAGAAGUCCACGGCGCAAAAGACAAAACCAUCUGCUACGACGGCACGGACAGUUCAACUUACGACUGCCACACGAAAAAAAUCCCACAAAUCGACCAGUGGGUUUCCUGGUGGGGUCAACGAACCUGUGGUAAAAAUGCCAAACCCGAUGAUGCUGCUGCUCAUCGACCCGUCGCGCCGGAGAAUUUCGAGGCGACGUCUUAUUCUUGCGGGGAGUAUGAGCGGAUUGUUACGCAUUAUAAGGGGGAGGAAAUGGGGCAUUGUUGGCCUGUUAUGAGGGAGCCGGAGAAUGGGGAUGGGGGGAGGAGUUAUUGUAAGGAUCGAUCGAUGCAGUUUACGGAUUAUGUGUUGGAUUUCUUUGAGACUUGGGAUUUGGAGAAGGCGCCUAAGAGUCCUAAGGGGAGUACUUGA